AUGAAAGCCAACACCAAACAGUGGAAGCAUCUAGUGCUGAUUGGCAUACUGGCAUGGGCACUCGUCGUCUUGCUGCUGUUUAUAUAUUUCACAGACCUCAAAACAGAUGAGCGUCCAGCCAGAUCUUUAAGAUACACGGAGACAAGAAGUCUCUUCCCCAUACAGGGUAAACAGAGAGUUAUUGUAGGAAACUUGCAAAAUUCAAAGCUCUCGCCAGUUCAUGGAGAAAAUAACCUGUACUUUGAGGAUCAUGACGAUGAUGUGAGUUUGUUGGGUUUAGAUUCAUUGAAUGGUCAAAAUCUAAAAUGGACUCGCGAGGAGGAUAAUGGUGAAUUUGAAGUGACAAAGAGAGUGAAGGACAGGAAGAUUGCUGCCCACCAGCAACCUCCAAACUGGGUGAUGGAGCAGGUAGUUAAUAUUACUAAAGAUGCCAACACCUAUGAUGAAAUUGUUGUUCAAGAUGCUAAACCUCACAAAAGAGCAAUGAAAAGACAGGAACAAUCAAGCUAUUCAGUAGACCCAUUUCUUGACAAUCUAGAUUCCUUAGACCUAGAGGACUUGCAGUUUUCCAAAUCCAAGGCAGUACUUAUCAAACUAUGGAAGGGAAAUUUUACCUACAAUGAGCUGAACCCUCGGCUGCAGAGAGCCAUGAGAGAAUACAUAUAUGAAAAUAAGCACGGUGUCCAAUUUAAAGGGAGAAGGGGGACUAAAAAAUUGAGUGGAGACGAACUUCUCUGUGAGCUGAAAAAACGAGUUAGACUAAGAACCCUUGACGGGAACGAGACUCCAUUUUCUCUACUCGGAUGGAAAAAGUAUGUUCCCAAAAUUCCACUGAGCAAGAUCAAGCUGAAGCUACGGGUCUUCAGAAAGUGUGCUGUAGUCGCAUCUGCUGGUGCAAUAUUGAACUCCUCCCUUGGAGACGAAAUAGAUUCCCAUGAUGCAGUUAUGAGAUUCAAUGCAGCCCCAACAAAACUUUACGAGCAAGAUGUUGGAAGCAAAACCACUAUCCGGAUUCUCAACUCUCAAAUACUUGCAAACUCAAAACACAACUUUAUUAAUAAUGCUCUGUACAAGAAUAUUAUUUUAGUGGUCUGGGAUCCUGCGCCUUACUCCAUAAAUCUCAUUAAGUGGUAUAAGAAACCAGAUUACAAUCUGUUCACACCUUAUUUGAGAUAUCGAAGAAGGAACCCAGCCCAGCCCUUUUACAUUCUUCAUCCAAGAUUCCUCUGGCAGCUUUGGGACAUAAUCCAGGAGAACACUCAGGAAAAGAUCCAACCAAACCCUCCAUCCUCUGGCUUCAUUGGAAUCGUCAUCAUGAUGGCACUGUGUGAUAGCAUAAAUAUCUACGAGUACAUCCCUUCCAUCCGACAGACUGAUCUCUGCCAUUACCAUGAACGAUACUACGACUCUGCCUGUACCUUGGGUGCUUACCAUCCGUUGUUAUAUGAAAAACUCCUGGUGCAACGGAUGAACAAGGGGACAGAGGCAGAUUUGUAUUCAAAAGGAAGAGUUUCCCUGCCAGGUUUUCAUUCCAUAAAAUGCGCUGGCGAAAAAUGA